UCAAUUUGCUGAAACACUGAUAAAUUCAGACCUGCCAAACUCAUUCACCCAACUCCCGUUCCCAGUCGUCCAAAAACACAGCGGGACUCCUGUCCGGAGGCACAGCCGCGCCUAUACCCAAAUCCAUCGACUAAAGCAAAGGCGAGAACUUGGAACGUACAGCUUCACGGAAAAGACAUAGCCUCCCGUUUUUGGAGAGAAGAGGUGUAAACAGACUCAUAAGGGAAGGGAUAGAGCACGGAGGGGAGGGACCCUGUACGCCGAUGGACUUAGAGACCGAUAGGGUUUCUAAUACGCACUGUCUUCUCACCCCUCUCCAUAUCUAUCCGUCUCUCACUGGCGGAAGAUGUAAUUGUUUUCUAGGACUAGGAAUUAUAUCAAGGGUGAAUCCUUGCCUCAGCUGAAAGCAGUUAUAUUUUCCAUUUCCAAUGAUCAACUAGAGCUUAUCCUCCAUCGUCUCUCCGGUCUCCUGCGGGACGGGUGGCAAGAGAGGGUUGGGAGAGACGGGUGUUGAAGCUCUAGUGAAGGGUCUCAGCAGAAUAUUGCUGCAUUUUGGUGGUUCCCAACGCCACAGGGCAUUUGGUCGUUGGACAGCGAUAUCGAAUCCUUCAGGAAUGUUAUUUGCCCGAAGAGACAUUUUGUCCUCAAAGGUGACACAUAAAACGACAUGGAAAGGUGCAGUCAUGUGGCAAAGAAUUGUGAUUUGCUGUGCGCUGCUUGAGCUCUGUUCGGCGGCACCGCCCGCUCACAUCAACCGUCUGGCGCUGUUCCCUGACAAGAGUGCUUGGUGCGAGGCCAAGAACAUCACACAGAUAGUCGGGCACACUGGCUGCCAGCCUCGCUCUAUCCAAAACAGGGCGUGUCUGGGGCAGUGCUUCAGCUACAGCGUCCCAAACACCUUCCCCCAGUCCACCGAGUCCCUGGUGCACUGUGACUCCUGCAUGCCUGCACAGACACAGUGGGAAGUGGUGACUUUGGAAUGCCCGGGCAUUGAGGACACUCCUCGUGUGGAUAAACUGGUGGAGAGGAUCCUCCACUGCAGCUGCCAGUCCUGCAGUAAGGAGGGAGCCCAGGAGGGGGCAGUGAUGCAGCUCUACCUAUCAGAGAGCGCCCAGGACCCUCCUUCCUCACCAGAGAGCCACCAUGGCGGCUCACCCCCUCACUCCCACACAGACACGCACUCUCAGCAUGCUCACAAACACACAGAGCCACACCCGCACACACACACAUCUGAUGGAGGGUAGGUCGCUCGAUCGCCGCUGACACUCCUCUUUCACCAUUCCUGAUUCUUCUCCCAAAUCACUCCACAAGUUGUUUCUUAUACACACAGUUACAGUAUGAUGCAUUUUCCCUUCUUUUCGAUUCAGCCACUGUUUCUUCAUUCAACACCUUAAAAGCACUUUGUCAUGUUAAGUAAGGUUUUAUUUUCAAUGAAAACUGCUUAUAAAAGCGCACACACAGAAGCUCAUUCAUGCUGUACUCUUCACAAGACAACCAUAGUAUAUAUUAGCGCUUUAAACUUACCAGUUUACACAAUGUUUGUCAUCUAACUUCUCACUUAGGACAACGAAUAUCACAAUCCUACACACACUCAGGCAUGCACUCUGACACAGCUAUAGACCUUUGAAGCUGUAGACUUAUUUCUGUUCAUCUGGCGUGAAUUCGUUUUUUAAUCAUAGAGCUACAGUAUAAACUGUACAGUUUCUUGACUUAAUGUCUCUCACCAAUUUGCAUUAGUAUCUGACCUAAAGCUAUAUGUUCCAAUUUGUACUUCUCAUACGAGAAUAAAGCUCUUUUUGUUCAAUCUUA